AUGAGCGAUGCGAAGCCGGAGGACUUGCAGCAUGCCUCCCUGGUCAUGAUCCAGCGUCGGAGUCGGCCGGAACAUCGUCUCGCAAAGGGGCUGCGUCGGGCCGCUGCAGCUGUUGACGUCGCAGGACGGGACUUCGAGCGAUGGAUCCGAAAGCGCCAAGAGUUCGGCGAGCAGCUCCCACAGCUCAGGAAGAUCUUGGCGGAGUGCAAGGAGAUGGACAUCGAGCGUGACAAAGAAGAGGUUCAGGAAGAUGUGGAGGAGCUCCGGGAUGUCGCAGACCAGGAAAAGGCGAGAGCCAAUGCCACCCAUCAACACGCUGAGCAAACGCAGGAGGGCACAGUGGUGCAAAACAUGGGCCACAUGCAGGGCAAGGUGGAUCACUGGGCCAUCCAGCAGGAGCUCAUGAAGCAGAAUUCAAUGGAAGCGAGCGCCGAUGCUCAGGCUGCACAAGCUGUCAACGCGUACAACCAGCAGGGCGGCGGUCUUCAGGAGAAGCAGAUGGCACAGGUCAAGAAAGAGCUCGGGCCGCUCGGGACAUUCAUGCUCGAGAUCAAGCCUGAUGCCUCAGGAGUCACCUCGCAACGCGGUCAUGCCACCUCCCUGCAAGGUCAUGGGGUUGCAGCUGCUGUCGGCCUCGGGCCUGACCCAGCGCCAAGCCACCAUCACCAUCACCACAGAGGCGGGGACCAUCACCCAACAGAGCACUGUGACGAACAUGGCUGCGACGACGACUACGGAGGUUACUGGGACGAGGACCACGGCGGUUACUGGGACGAGAAGGGUCAAUACUGGGAGGAAGGCAUGAAGGGCUACUGGGAUCCCCAAGGCCAGUACUACCA